CUCCCGGGCGCACCAGCCGUGCGCCCUAGCGGCUCUCCGUGCGCCGCGCCCCAGGAUGGCAGAGGCGGAACUGCACAAGGAGAGGCUGCAAGCCAUUGCCGAAAAAAGAAAGAGGCAGACCGAAAUAGAAGGCAAGCGACAACAGCUUGACGAGCAGAUACUUCUGCUGCAGCAUUCCAAGUCCAAAGUGCUUCGAGAAAAAUGGCUGCUGCAAGGUGUACCUGCCGGAACUGCUGAAGAGGAGGAAGCCAGGAGGCGGCAGUCUGAGGAAGAUGAGUUCAGGGUCAAGCAGCUGGAAGACAACAUUCAGAGGCUGGAGCAGGAAAUACAGGCGCUAGAAAGCGAAGAGUCCCAGAUAUCUGCCAAAGAGCAAAUCAUCCUAGAGAAACUCAAGGAGACAGAGAAAUCCUUCAAGGACUUUCAGAAGAGCUUCUCCAACACGGAUGGAGAUGCAGUAACUUACAUUUCCUCCCAGCUCCCCAACCUGCCAAUCCUCUCUUCACGAACAGAACUGUCACCUGGGCAGGACGGGACCAGCAGAGCAGCUGCUAUGUACGCCAUGGAAAUUAAUGUGGAGACAGACAAACAAACAGGAGAGACCAAGAUUCUCUCUACAUCUACCAUUGGCCCAGAGGGGGUCCAACAGAGAGGAGUCAAGGUCUAUGAUGACGGUACCAAAGUAGUGUAUGAGGUGCACUCAGGAGGCACCAUAGUAGAAAACGGAGUGCACGCGUUAAGUGCAAAGGAUGUUGAAGAGCUUAUUCAGAAGGCUGGACAAUCAAGCUUGAAAGGAGGGCCCUUGGCUGAAAGGACUGUGAUUGCCGACGGGAGCCUCAGCCACCCGAAGGAACACAUGCUCUGUAAAGAAGCCAAGUUAGAAAUGGUCCAGAGAUCUAGGAAAGACCAUGCUUCUGGGAACCCAGGGCAGCAGACCCGAGCCCCCAGUGCCGAAGGGCCGGAGGGCAACUUGGAUCAGCCCGUCACCAUGAUUUUUAUGGGCUACCAAAAUAUCGAGGAUGAAGAAGAGACUAAAAAGGUGCUAGGCUAUGACGAAACCAUCAAGGCCGAAUUGGUCCUCAUCGACGAAGACGAUGAGAAGUCGCUGAGGGAGAAGACAGUGACGGAUGUGUCCACCAUCGACGGCAACGCCGCAGAGCUUGUGUCUGGGAGGCCGGCCUCAGACACCACAGAGCCCUCAUCCCCAGAAGGGAAGGAAGAGAGCCUGGCUACAGAGCCGGCCCCAGGAGUCGGGUGGGAGAGUGUCCUGCUAAAGGGAGAUGGGGCAGCCUCGGAUGCCACAGAAACAGCUGGCCCCGACAUGGCUAUCAAGAAGCCUCCCCAACUCUCCGAGGAUGACAUCCGGCUAAGAAGCGAGAGAGACGACGGUAGUGCCAAGCUCCUGGCGCCCGCUGCCAGCCCCCUCCUCCUGGAUCCCAACACCAUGGAAAUUGAGGUGUCCGUGGCAGAAUGUAAAGGCGUUCCCGGCGUAACUUCUGCCCCCCACUCUGUAGAUCACCCAUCCCCUUUCUACUCACCCCCCCACAAUGGCCUCGUCUCAGAUCAUCACGAAUCCCUGGAUAACGACGUGGCCAGAGAGAUCCGCUAUCUAGACGAGGUGCUGGAGGCCAACUGCUGUGAGUCCGCGGUGGAUGGGACGUACAAUGGGACAUCCUCCCCAGAGCCGGGCACGGGGACCCUGCAGGGCAACCUGAGCCCCCCAGCCCACACGGUCGGCCAGCCGGAACCCACGGAGAGAGCAGCUGGCAGGCAGGCACCACCUCCCACUGUAGACACGAUGGCAGAGGGACAGAGGACGAACGGCCACCACCCCGAGCAGCCCAGAGACGUGCUGGGGGACAGCCCGCAGGCCCCCGUGAGCCCCAGCUCCUCGACCAGCUCGCGACACUCCUCCCGGGACGGGGAGCUGACGCUCACCACGCUGAAGAAGGAGGCCAAGUUUGAGCUGCGCGCCUUCCACGAGGACAAGAAGCCCUCCAAGCUCUUCGAGGAUGACGAGCGCGAGAAGGAGCAGUACUGCGUCAGGAAGGUCCGGCCCUCCGAGGAGAUGCUGGAGCUGGAGAAGGAGCGGCGGGAGCUCAUCCGGAGUCAGGCGGUGAAGAAGAACCCCGGCAUUGCCGCCAAGUGGUGGAACCCGCCCCAGGAGAAGACCCUGGAGGAGCAGCUGGACGAGGAGCACCUGGAGUCGCACAAAAAGUAUAAGGAGCGCAAGGAAAGACGGGCGCAGCAGGAACAACUGCUGCUGCAGCAGCAGGUGCAAGCCCCAGCACCGCUCUGCCCCGCCCCCACCCCCGCCCCCUCUCAGGACCACUCCGGCCUCUCUGAAAGCACGAAGGAGGACAUCGUCACUGAGCAGAUAGAUUUCUCUGCCGCUCGCAAACAGUUCCAGUUGAUGGAGAAUUCCCGGCCGGCCGUGGCCAAGGGUCAGAGCAACCCUAGGCUGUUCUCUAUCAAGCCUUUCUACAGGCCCCUGGGAUCCAUCAACUCAGACAAGCCGCCGACCACUGUGAGACCAGCUGCUGUCCGGGCACCUCCAGAGGACAGUGGUGCACCCGCCACCAAGGGGCAGAGAACCCCCGGAGUCCCAGAGAGCCAGCUGGCGGGAGGAGGCCAGGCCAGCUCAGUGCCUGCAGGGAAGGAAGGGCCCUACAGCGAGCCCUCUAAGCGUGGGCCUUUGUCCAAACUGUGGGCAGAGGACGGAGAGUUCACCAGCGCCCGGGCCGUCCUCACUGUGGUCAAGGAUGACGACCAUGGCAUCUUGGAUCAGUUUUCCCGCUCGGUCAAUGUUUCUUUGACCCAAGAGGAGCUGGACUCUGGUUUGGAGGAGCUGUCGGUGCGGUCCCAGGACACCACGGUCCUGGAGACGCUGUCCAAUGACUUCAGCAUGGACAAUAUCAGUGACAGUGGAGCCUCCAACGAGACAGCCAACGCCCUCCAGGAGAACUCCCUGGCUGACUUCUCCCUGCCCCAGACCCCCCAGACCGACCACCCAGCCGAGGGCCGAGGCGAAGGAGUCUCCAAGUCGUUCAGCGAUCACGGUUUCUACUCCCCUUCUUCCACGCUCGGAGACUCCCCAUCCGUGGAGGACCCCUUGGAGUACCAGGCUGGCCUCCUGGUACAGAGCGCCAUUCAACACGCCAUCGCCGAGCAGGCGAGCAAGGCUGCGGGCAAAGCCGGCGAAGAUGGAGCCGCCUCUGGGCGACCAGAGGUCUCCCUGGAGGAAGCCGAUGCUGAGGAGGCUUCCGGCCCGGAGAAGCCUCAGGCCACGUUCGCGCCACCUCAGGUGUCCUCUCCCGUUCAAGAGAAAAGGGAUGUAUUACCAAAGAUCCUGCCCGCAGAAGACAGGGCGCUCAGGGAACGGGGGGCCCCCCAGCCGCUGCCCACCGUGCAGUCCAGUGGGCCGGUCGACAUGGAGGAGAGCAGGCCCGAAGGCAGCUACUUCAGCAAGUACUCGGAGGCGGCCGAGCUGAGGAGUACGGCCUCCCUGCUGGCCACUCAGGAGUCCGACGUGAUGGUCGGGCCCUUCAAGCUGAGGUCCCGGAAGCAGCGGACUUUGUCCAUGAUCGAAGAAGAGAUCCGAGCGGCCCAGGAAAGGGAAGAGGAGCUGAAGCGCCAGAGACAGGUCCUGCAGAGCACACAGAGCCCCAGGGCCAAGAACGCCCUGUCGCUGCCCUCCAGAACAGCUGGCUACAAAACCGCCCCAGGGAAAAUAGAGAAAGUCAGACCUCCUCCAUCCCCCACAGCCGAAGGCCCCAGCCUGCAGCCUGACCUAGCCCCCGAAGAGGCUGCCGGAAGCCAGCGGCCCAAGAAUCUGAUGCAGACCCUCAUGGAAGACUAUGAGACCCACAAAUCUAAAAGGCGCGAGAGAAUGGAUGAUAGUAGUGUCCUUGAGGCCACAAGGGUUAAUCGAAGAAAGAGCGCCCUGGCCUUGCGCUGGGAAGCCGGGAUCUAUGCCAACCAGGAGGAAGAGGACAAUGAAUAAAUAUCCUUUGACCCAGGAAGCUUCUUUGGUGCUUGGGAUACCAAGAAACCAAAAAAGUACCGAAUCAAAGCAUUUUAAUGGACUAUUUAUUAAAGUGCACACAAACUCAGCAAUCCUUAUGUAGACCAGAAGCUGCAAUACACAGUGAUGACAAAUAAAGAAGUCCACCCACCACACUCUGACACCCAGGAGUCAAAGAGAAAGAUUGUUGUUGUUGUUGUUUUUGUGACUCAAAGAAUCCUCUGGAUUCGGACUAAUCUACAAUCAAUCCAAAAGGACAAAGACGCGACCAACGAAUCAACAGCUGCGACAGGCAGAACAGAGACCAGCCCUGCUGGGUGACAAGGAAGAACAAUGGCCCGCGGGUCGGUUGGUUGGCGAGCAUGGGGGCCCAGCAGUCUACCUGGCAUAGGAGCUUCCUGUGCGCUGGUUUCCCACCCAUUGCUGGCGGCAUCAGAGGUGUUGGGUUAACUCCAUUUUCUCCAGCAGCCAUCAAGUGAAUGGUGUUUCUCUCCGUAUUUGCCCAAAAAGAGGCAGUUACUCCAUUUUACUCACAGUUAAUUAUUUUUCUUGGGGCACAAUUCAUGAUUGCAAUACACACCAUCCAUAUUUUAAAGACACUACUUCUUCAUCUUGCAGACACAAUCUGUUCUACAUUAGGAGGUUGAGAAAGGGGGAGAAAGCCAAACCAAAUGGGUUGUUUUAGCUUUAGAAUCUUGUCUGCUUCUGAUAAUGACUGAGGUGCAGUUUAAGAAAACCCAUUUUCACAAUUACAUUUCUUCAUAUGAAAACUAUAUUUAGUGGGCAACAACUAUUUUUAUGAUGGGAUAGGGGAAUAUAUUCAUGUGUAAAAUCUGUGCACAUUGAACAGCUUGGUUCAAGAUGGUAGGGGUGUUUUUAGAAUGGCAAUAAUUGAAAAAAAAAAAAAAGGUGAAUUCUGCCUUACAGAGGUAGAUGACAAGAAAUAAAAAGGGUGUUUAUAACUAUUUUGUAUUAUAAAAUGGGCCUUAGCAGUAAUAGGAAGAAAGAUGGAUUGUUUGGAAUCAAUCAGAGAGGAAACAUUAGAGAAAAGUCGGGAAAGGAGAGAGAGAAAAGGGAGAGAGGAAGAAUGACGGGGAAAUAAGGAAGUCAGAGAUACUAUUUUUGCUGCGCAACCAGUGUUUUUCAGGAUGAUGCAGAGAAAAAUAUAGAAUAGAAAUUUAAGUGCGGGCUUGGAAUCAGCGACAGAUCCUAAAGAUGGUGUGUGCGUGCGUGUGUGUGUAUGUAUAACUUUUGUGUGUUUGUGUAAGGUGUGUAUGUGUGUGUGUGUGUGAAAGAGAGAGUGUGUAUUACAAUUCCAGAAUGAUCAUGGCACAUGAGUGUACAGUUAUUUCCUCCAAAGCUACUUGCCAGCUUCAGGAGUGAGUGAGAAUUUCUUUUUUAUGAAAAGGGAUAUAAAGGCACCGAGCUGAUGCAGUAUUUGUAAUAUUAAACUGACCUAACAUGGUAUUCGCAUGAGUUGUAAUUGCAGCGUUUUGGGCAGUUUUGUAAUUUGACAUUUAGGAAAGUAAUCUAUUUAUUCUCAUGCUUUGUAUUCAUGCUUAGUAUACUAUACAAGAUGCCAGCUGUACUCUUUCUAUCAUUUAAAGCAAUAUGAUGAGGGUAUUCAAUAAUCGAAUGCCCUAAACUUCUGGAUGAGAAAAGUUUGAAUUCUGGCCUUGAGAAAAAAAACCUGACCAGCUUUUUUUUUUUUUUUUCCUUUAAAACUGUUAUUUUUAAAGAAGCAAUAAUGAAGUCAGACCUCACUAGGAUUCAUUUUUGUUUUCAUAUUGUUAUGUCAUAAGCUCUCAUACGUUAUUCUGACAAGUAGAAAUUCCACAGAAUUUGUAUGUAGGUGUUAAGCACAUUCUCUUUGCUUCUUUUGUUAGAGGAGUGUUGAUUUGGGGGGGGAAAGUUUAUUCACAGAGAAAUGGUGGGCACAAAGUGAAAAUGAAACUGGUAACUUAGAAGGAUCCUUUUGUGUUGCCAAGGGAACCUGUAAUUUGAAGCCACAUUUUAUAAUUGGUAGGCAAAAUAGCACAUGGGCCGCUAGCACCAUCUUUGUAUGGUCUACCCUGGAUAGUCCACAAAUGUGCUGGCCAUUGGGCACACCGGACAGAUGCGAGCCCUGCUGCAAGGAAUUCAUUUUCUAGUUGGGGAGACAGGAAAAUGAGAUCCGUGUUAGAUUAGAGGUCCUUGCAGGUGCGAGGGGGGUCUCCAGACGGAGUUGGGGGGGCAUCUCUGCUGGAUGAUUUGCAGCCAGAUGUCCCCAGAUGCUUGGACUGAGGACCCAGCGAUAAGGGGGUGUUCCCAAGGCAGACAAAUGGAAACAGGAGCGGCCCAGGAGGCUGCAGCAUUGAGGGGUCUGGGCACAGUGGCAUUUAGGAUGGCUGGAGAGUAGGAGAAUUCUGUGGGUUGCACACAAAAUGAAAUGUGCGUCGUGUUUUCUAGACGGGAUGGAUCAGAUGGAGACCACAGACAGGGUGCGGACUAACUCCCCCAUUGUUCACAAGGGGGCACCGUCCUCACCCCUGAAGUGUUUUUGUUCUGUUUGGAAGGAAACCACGUACGCACAUGAAACCGACUUUCGGGAAGAGAAUUGGCAGCUGAAAGAAAAGCUUAGGAGGCCACACAGCUCAUGGAAUCACCUAGAGGCUGACACAGUGAUCUUUGACGACGGCUGAUUGGACCAGAAACACUGCUUAAGGACUACAGGGUUACAGAGCUGGCGUCCUUUGGGUCAUGCUCCCUGUGUAGACAAGGGAACCAGCAGGCUCUAGGACUCCCCCUAGUCACAAAGCUAUUUUAACUGUGGCCCUUACAUUUCCCAUUUUUUUCCUAUGCUGCCAUCCAAAUGACAGUUGUCUACUUCCUGGUUCCUGUCACUGAAAAUCCCAUUAUAACCCUAUUAAAAUGUACAUUACAGUUCCCUUGGGAGACCUGGAUUUGUCUUCUGUGCUCUUGAGGCUUUUUACUCACUCAAGACACAUUGGGCCCUUGCUUUGUACGUACAUAGCCCUGUGUGAGCCUCUAGGAUCCCACGAGAAUCCCUGGAACGUUCUGUAGGUGGAACAGACCUCUGGACGAAGGUCAGUCGUGGCUAUUCCAUCAAGAGAAAGAGGCUUGAGAAAAAAAAAAAUAUGCCUCUGACACUUGGCCCCACUUCCAAAGAGCCUGCAAAGCUUGCUCAUCUCAACUUUAGCAAAUGUUUAGAUUGCAGAGCUGUCCAGGGCUUCCCGAGAGCAUUCCAUCCUGCAGAGCGUAGGGGUGCUCACCCUCCUGGAGCCGAGCAGCGAUCACCCUGCCUUGGGCUUCUCAACCCAGAAAUUGUGGAAACAGGGUCUGCCCGUGGCAGGAGGCUGGGCUGUGUUCUACUUGGAUGAUGCAAUGCGACUUCCUUGCCUCUAUCCCCAUGCAUGCUGCCUCCCCUAGGCAUAUAAGCAGUAUAUAGGUCAGUGUCCGCAUAUAUAUUCACACACACACACACACACACGACAUAUCUAGGAACACUGAAACAGUGUUGACUCUUGUCUUUAAAGACAAACAUUUUUUUUCCAACUAAAAAUGGAUUUAAUUAAACUAUGUACUGAAAAAAAAAUUAGCCUAAGUGUUAGAGAUGGUGACUAUAUCUUAGUUACAGAACCAAUUUGCUGAAUUGUAAGCAUUCAGUGAGCUGCCAAUUUGAAUUUUGUGUUGCUUUUUACCCAAACGACUUUUUUUUCUUUCUUUUUUUUUUUUUUUUCCUUGAGGAGGGGGGAAAAAGCAAUACUGUGUUUGGAAAUUAUACUCUGUAUCUGGCUUUCCUGUGUAUGUUAACCACUUCAAUGUUAUUAUCCUGCUUCGGUUUUAUAGUGAUUGUGAGGCAUUCGAUGCAAGUAUACACUUAUUUUCUCAUUAAAA